GCCCAGUAUAAGGACUGCUUCAGGAGUGCAGCACCAGAGGCCCUGGGAGUAGAUCCCUCAGACUCUUGGGAGAUUCUCCAGCUCAGGGUCCUGUCAUUGGUGGAGGAAGUAAUAUAGUUUGCUUUUUCACCCAUCGGCCCAUCUAACAUUGCACCUACGCUGUGCCAGGGGCUGUGCUAGACACCCCAGGACGCCCCCAAGGAGAAAGGUGCAGUAGGCAUGAAACGCCUCUUGCUCGGGUCCCUUCUGUUGGUGACAGUUUCUGCUCUUCAUCUGAAGAGCGAUGCCCUCCAUCUGGACAGCCCAGAGACAAAUACAAACCUGGGCCAGGAUCUGGAAAGUUCAGGGGAGCAAGAGGGAGAGCUGGCCCUGAUCCAGAAGGCGACUCAGUCAGCAGGUGAAGAGGCUUCUAGGUAUCAAGACACCUUUGAGGAUGAGGAGGAGUCGGACCCAACUGACCUGGAUGAGAACGUGCAGUGCCCUAGGGAAGAGGACACAGUCCAAUUGCAGGGAAGUCUUGGGUGCAAGACCUGUCGCUAUCUGCUGGUGCGGACCCCCAGGAGGUUCAGAAGAGCUCAGCGUAUCUGCAGGAGAUGUUACCGAGGCUACCUCAUCUCCAUCCACAACUUCAGUUUCAACUCUCGUGUUCAGACCUUGGCCAAAGGGGUCAACCAGGGCCAGAUCUGGAUCGGAGGCAUCCUCAAGGGCUGCCUUUGGUGGAAGAGAUUUCGCUGGACUGAUGGGAGCCGCUGGGAUUUUGGAUACUGGGCCGCAGGGCAGCCUGGGAAUGGGGGAGGACACUGUGUGGCCCUAUGUACCAGAGGGGGCCACUGGCGACGAGCCCCGUGCCGAAGGCGCCUGCCCUUCGUCUGCUCCUUCUAAGCCAGGGGCGCCGAGAACCCUGCCCUGGAACCUGCGCCCCUCACACUUCUGGCUGGCCCUGUCCCACCCUCGGAUCUGGGAUCUGUCCUCCAGCUUCCUCUGGUCAUAAAUUCAGA